AUGAGUGGUCGAUAUGAAGAUAGAGACUAUGGUGGUCGAUAUGAUCGGCGGGACGACAGAAUGGGGGGCGGCGGGCCUCAGCGAAGAGCAGGAGAUUGGGACUGUGAUGACUGUGGGUUCCACAACUAUGCUAGCAGAAGUGAGUGUUUUAAGUGCAGAGUGCCUAAGAGUGGAGGCGGUGGUGGUGGUGGUGGUGGUGGAGGAGGAGGUGGCAGGCGAAGGUCCAGGUCCAGAUCCCCACCACGCAGACGGGGUGGUUCCAGGUCCCCUCCCCGUGGUUACGGUGGCGGCUACAACAAUGCCAACGAUCGGGGAGACAACUGGGAAUGUUCUAAGUGUUUUUUCAGUAAUUUUGCACGAAGGUUUGAGUGUAUGAAGUGCAGGACGCCUAAAAGUGGAGGCUCUGGUGGCGGAGGCAGAGUGGGUGGUGGUGAUCGUGGUGAUCGACGGGGCGGUGGGCCAGAACGCAGAGCUGGGGAUUGGAAUUGCAAAGAAUGUGACUUCAGUAACUUCGCCAGCCGAGAUGCCUGCUACAAGUGCAACGCUCCUAAAUAG